UUUUGUAUACAUAAAAUGUAAAAAAGAAAAAAUUAAGAAAAUAUAAAUUGGAAAAAAAAUACUUUAUGAAAAGGCCCUGUCUUUUUAUUGUGAUAUUGCCCUUUAAUAUAUAUAUAUAUAUAUAUAUAUAUAUAUAUAUAUAUACAUAUACAUAAAAUUCUAUAUGCAAAUACACGUAUACGGUAUGUGUAUACAUAUGCAUUUAGAGGAUUAGAAUACACAGGAUAUCCACUUUCGCACACUCGCACACCUAUUUGGUGACUGCAUUAUAUAUGCACACCCAUCUUGUAUUGCUGUGUAAUUGUUGCGUGUAGGUGUGUGUAAAGAUAAUAAAGAGAAAUCUAGAGUCCACUUGAGAUUUUCACAGGAAUAUACUUGGGAAGAUUAGGAGCGAUUUUACAGCUAUGCAGUGCAGUUUCGCCUCUCGUCUUCUUGGCUAUUAAGGUACACUUGGUCUGGUAGAACCAUCACGCGGAAUCUGCUCCUAGAUUUUUAUUUCCGAAAAAAUCUUACCAUACUGCCUUUCUGCUUUUAAUAAGUAGAAUUCUGCACCCUUUAGCACGGCAAGUGUUUUCAAUUUGCAAACAUAGACGGUUUCGAAUGUUAUCACUUACAGGAAUUGGCAAAAUUGUCUUCUAGUAUAGCGUUUCUACUGCUGACCCCGUAGUUCGCCAUAAUUCUCGUCUGUGUUUUGUAUGAUUUUUUUUUUUUUAUUCCUCUGAAAUAGCCCGAGAGCUUUAAUGGUGCUAACCCUUUCCGUUGGCAUUUGGCAGUCUUGGUACUUAAGGCCUAAGACAAGUUUUUGACGUGCAGCCCAGGAAUCCUGGACUUAAAAGGCACAUCGGUUCCAGUAUGAGGUUAUGGUUCACCUGCUUAGGCUUUUGACAUUGUAAACAUCCUUUGCUCUAGACUUGCCUUUACUUUUGCUUUUGUGGAACCCCUGUUCUUAAAAGAGUGUGAUUGAGCAAAAUGCUUCAGUAGGUGCCAUGUACACCAAGCGUAGAGUAUCUUUUCAAUUUUGAAUGAUAAAUUGGAAUGUAUGCAUAUGGGUAGCUAUGGUCACCUAGAUUUUAUAGGAUUGAUCCUGACCACCGUUCAUUCAAAAACAUAUGUAAUGUAUAUUUGAAAUUUCUAGAAAAUGUCUUUCAUGGAAAAAAUUUCCCUCGGCGCAAAAGAAAUGCUCCGGGGAUUGUCCCAUAUUAAAGACGUACGGAACGACAGUGGAAUUACGGUCGUCGACAUCAGUUGUAUAGCAAUAGUAUGUAUAGGAUUAUCUAACUGUAAUGCAUAAAUAUUCGAUUCAAUUUUCAAAAUUAUUAUUCUUUUUUUGAAAAAUAAAUAUAAAUUUGAGAAAAAUGUAAAUACAAAUUCCUUAGAACUUUUAGAUGACAGUUUUCGGGUAUUAUUUGAAUUUUUAUUGUCUUUUUGACUCUCGUGCGGGUAGAAAAGAAGUGGUGUAGAAAUGCUCCUACCUUUAAAUGCCUUGCAAGGUAAAUUUAAGGGAAGAUUUUUUAUUUUUAUUCUUUUACUCUUCUGGUAUGUGAUUAUCUUUGUGAUUCUGUUCAUUCUCCAAAGCCCUAUAGUUUGUAUACAUGUGUGUGUUAGUAAUUAAGUCUUCAGCCAGGAGUGGAUGGUCUGCUCUGUGAUCCUGCUUCUGAUUAUUGUUGUGGUUUCUGCAGCCCCAGCGAGCGGCUCUAAGUCCAGGCUGCACGUCAUUUGCAAUCUGGAGACUGUUGAUCACCUCACUAAUUACACCUCCCCCUCUCUCUCCUCUCCUCUCUCUCUCUCUCUCUUUCUCGCUCGCUCUCUCUCAUUCCCAGAGUGCAUAUCAGGAACAGACACACAAAGACAUGCGCACUCAACUUAAUCAGCCAUUUUUUUAAACAGGGCUAAAACGAUAAUAAUUAGCAGAAUAAAGACAUUCAUUUCCUUUCCUCCUUUUCCCAAGCCCUUCACAAGCAAACAGCGAGGCAGCGGAUGGCACAUGCUUUCACACCCAGCGGACCCAGAACAACAAGCAGAGCUUCUUCUCCGCUCUGUUCCUCCUAUCUGCACUCCUGCAAAAAAAGUUCCAGGAUUAUUAUCCCUUUUUUUUUUGUACGAUUGUCCUUUUUUAUUCUGAUUUUUUUUUUUCCUCUUGAUGAACAUUCUCCUUGUAUUGGAUGGGAUCAGCUGUUGUGAAUAAGCUGAAGAGAGAGAUACACACACACAGUCUUUUUUAAGAAGAACGAGUGAAAACUGCGAGGGGGAAAUGGAAAGUCCCUGACAGGCUGGAUGAAAUGAGAUCCACAUGUAGCAAUUGCCAUGGAAACCUGUGACUCCCCUACUAUCUCAAGACAAGAAAAUGGGCAGAGCACAUCAAAGCUAUGUGGAGCGACACAACUUGACAAUGAAGUGCCAGAAAAAGUCGCAGGGAUGGAGCCUGACAGAGAAAACAGCUCUUCAGAUGACAACCUGAGAACGGAUGAUCGCAAAAGUGAAAUCUUGCUGGGUUUUGGUGUGGAGAAUGCAGUUGCCACUCAGGUUAACUCAGCUAAAGAGAUACCCUGCAACGAAUGUGCCACUGCGUUCCCCAGUUUACAGAAAUACAUGGAACACCACUGCCCUAACGCUCGCCUUCCUGUCUUGAAGGACGACAAUGAUAGUGAAAUAAGCGAGCUAGAGGACAGUGAUGUGGAGAAUUUAUUAGGGGAGAUACUUUACCAGCCUGAUGGAUCAGCUUAUAUAAUUGAGGACUCCAAAGACAGUGGGCAGAAUGUACAAACAGGAGCAAACAAUAAACUCUUUUCUACAGCUAUGUUUCUGGACUCGUUUUCAGCAGCUGGAGAGAAGAGUGAUCAGUCUGUUUCAGCAUCCAUGUCUUUCUACCCACAGAUCAUUAACACUUUUCAUAUUGCUUCAUCCCUCGGGAAACCAUUUAUGGCCGAUCAGGCUUUCCCAAAUACCUCAGCAUUAGCAGGAGUUGGUCCUGUGUUGCACAGUUUCCGUGUCUAUGAUCUUCGACAUAAGAGAGACAAAGACUAUCUUACCAGUGAUGGCUCAGCCAAAAACUCCUGUGUGUCCAAAGAUGUUCCAAACAAUGUGGACUUGUCUAAAUUUGAUGGUUGUGUUAGUGAUGGGAAAAGGAAACCUGUUUUAAUGUGUUUCUUGUGCAAGUUGUCAUUUGGUUAUAUUAGGUCAUUUGUAACCCAUGCUGUGCAUGAUCAUCGGAUGACCCUUAAUGAGGAGGAGCAAACGCUUCUCAACAAUAAAUAUGUAUCUGCCAUAAUACAGGGGAUUGGCAAGGACAAAGAACCUCUUAUAAGCUUUCUGGAACCAAAAAAACCCAAUUCUGUUUGCCCCCAUUUUUCUACUACAAACCUCAUAGGCCCCGAUCCAACCUUCCGUGGUUUAUGGAGUGCUUUUCAUGUUGAAAAUGGUGACUCUUUGCAGGCAGGAUUUGCAUUUUUGAAAGGAAGUGCAAGUUCUGCUGGCUCAACAGAGCAGUUACAUGGGGUCAACCAAAUGCCAAAGGCUGAAGUGAACUUGGGGGGCAUGCCUAGUCCAAAAGCUAGCACCCCAAUUACCUCUGUGUCCCACAGCCACUUUUCAUCUGACUCUAACAAGCAGGUGGACAGCAAAAACCAAGACAGCAACUGUGAAAGGCAAAAAGAGACCAGGAACUCACAUCCUAAUGGUGAGCUCCCUAUUAAAAGUGAGCCUGCUGAAGGGGUAGAUGAAGAAGAAGAUUCAUAUUGUAAUGAACUUGAUGAGGAGGAGGUUUUAGGUGACCUGGCAGAUAGUAUUGGUAGCAAAGAUUUCCCUCUCUUAAACCAAAGCAUUUCUCCUUUAUCAUCCAGUGUGCUAAAAUUUAUUGAAAAGGGUACCUCGUCCUCCUCUGCGACUGUUUCUGAUGAUUCAGAAAAGAAAAAGCAAACUGCUUUACUUAGAACUCAUAGCAAUGUUGCUGGUAGCUUUAAUUUUAGUGGCAAGGACUUUGAGGAUGCAAGUGCCAGAAAAGACUGUGCAAAUUCUCUUUCACCAAAUGAACUAGUUAGAGGAGAAGAAGAUAAUUCUAAUGCUCCUCACCAGCAUAGCUUGGUACAUGGCAUGCCCGGCUUAAGCGAGGGCUCCCCAGGAAAUGGUAUCGAGUGUCCAAAGUGUGACACAGUCCUGGGGUCCUCAAGGUCAUUGGGCGGCCAUAUGACAAUGAUGCAUUCUAGAAACUCUUGCAAAACUUUAAAAUGCCCCAAAUGCAACUGGCACUAUAAGUAUCAGCAGACUCUAGAGGCCCAUAUGAAGGAGAAACAUCCAGAGUCAACUGGCACUUGUGCUUAUUGUAAGACUGGACAGCCUCACCCUCGGCUUGCCAGGGGUGAAAGUUACACUUGUGGCUAUAAACCCUUCCGUUGUGAGGUUUGUAACUACUCUACAACUACCAAAGGCAACCUCAGUAUUCAUAUGCAGUCAGACAAGCACCUAAAUAAUGUCCAGAACCUACAGAAUGGAAAUGGUGAACAGGUCUAUGGCCAUACAUCCCCAGCACCUAACACAAGUCUCAGUGGCUGUGGGACACCAUCUCCAUCUAAACCAAAACAAAAACCCACCUGGCGUUGUGAGGUGUGCGAUUACGAAACCAAUGUGGCACGAAAUCUCCGUAUUCACAUGACGAGCGAAAAGCACAUGCACAACAUGAUGCUUUUGCAGCAAAACAUGAAACAGAUCCAGCACAAUCUGCACUUAGGCCUUGCACCAGCUGAGGCAGAGCUUUAUCAGUACUACCUAGCCCAAAAUAUAGGCCUGACUGGGAUGAAAAUGGAAAGCCCAGCCGACCCUCAGAUGAUGAUAAACCCAUUCCAGCUUGACCCUGCCACAGCUGCAGCAUUGGCUCCAGGACUUGUAAAUAAUGAGCUGCCGCCUGAAAUCCGACUUGCGAGUGGUCAGCUAAUGGGUGAUGACCUGUCCCUCCUUACUACAGGAGAGCUGUCACCUUAUAUCAGUGACCCAACGUUGAAGCUUUUCCAGUGCGCUGUUUGCAACAAAUUCACCUCUGACAGCCUGGAGGCCCUGAAUGUGCAUGUGAGCGGUGAACGCUCUCUCCCUGAAGAGGAAUGGAGAGCUGUAAUUGGAGACAUCUACCAGUGCAAGCUAUGUAACUACAACACGCAGCUGAAAGCCAACUUCCAGCUCCACUGCAAAACUGAUAAACAUAUGCAAAAGUAUCAACUGGUGGCUCAUAUCAAAGAAGGGGGCAAAAGCAAUGAGUGGAGACUGAAAUGCAUUGCUAUUGGCAACCCGGUGCACCUGAAGUGCAAUGCUUGUGAUUACUACACCAACAGCGUGGAUAAAUUACGCUUACACACCACCAAUCACAGGCAUGAGGCGGCCGUGCGGCUCUACAAGUACUUGCAAAAACACGAGAGCACAGUGAAUGUGGAGUCGUGCUACUACUACUGCGCUCUGUGUGAUUACUCCACAAAGAUCAAGUUGAACAUGGUACUGCACGUACGGUCGGUGAAGCACCAGCAGACGGAGGGUCUACGCAAGCUGCAGUUACACCAGCAGGGUCUUUCACUGGAUGAGGACAGCCUAAGCGAGAUCUUCUUUGUGAAAGACUGCCCACCCAAUGAUCCUGAAGAGCAAGCGGAGGAAGUAGAAGAAACUCCAAAAAUUACAGCAGUAGCCCCAGCCGAGGAGAAAGGCACAAAUGAGAAAGACAGCAGCAGCGAGGGCAAGACAUUAAGGGAUUCAGGUUCCAGGACGCAAACUCCUGAUAAGGAGCAUGUCUUGAAUUCGACAGCAGCAAAGCGGCAGCUAAUGCAAAGCAAAGAAGAGGAUGGUGCAAUUAAGAGAACAAGGACUGCAGAUGACAAUAGCAUUUCUCAAGAACAGUGCUAUCAGUGUCCCUACUGCAACUACAGCAGCAAGGACCCAAAUCGUAUCCAUAUGCACAUCCUUUCCCAGCAUUCAGUGCAACCGGUGAUAUCAUGUCCCCUUUGCCAAGAUGUUCUCAGCAACAAAAUGCAUCUACAGUUGCAUCUGACUCAUUUACACAGUGUAUCUCCAGAUUGUGUGGAAAAGUUACUCAUGACUAUUUCUGUACCAGAGGUCAUGAUGCCAAACAGUAUGCUCCUACCACCAGCUGCAUCUGAGAAGUCAGAAGCUGAGAUAUUGGCAUCUGUCACCAAUGAAUUGUCAGGAAAGUCAACAGGUGACAGUCCAACAGAAGAAAAAAACAUUCAAGGUGGAGAUGAUAUAAAAGCAGGAAUUGAAAUUAAAACAGAGGAGCAAAAUUUGUCCAAAGAAUCACAAGAUACCACAGAGUGGAACAAAAACAUCAGCAAAGAUGCAAAACCAUGUGACUUACUAACAGAACAGCUGAAUGAUCAGCAAAGAAGGCAGCAGCUCUCGGUUUCUGACCGACACGUCUAUAAAUACCGUUGUACCCAUUGUAGUUUGGCUUUUAAGACUAUGCAGAAGCUUCAGAUACAUUCCCAGUAUCAUGCUAUUAGGGCUGCUACCAUGUGUAGUCUUUGCCAACGUAGCUUCCGUACAUUCCUGGCUUUAAAAAAACAUUUGGAAACUGGCCACCCUGAGCUUAAUGAGACUGAACUUCAGCAACUGUGUGCAACUUUACCUGUAAAUGGGGAGCUCUGGUCCGAAAAUGAAAGUAUAGCUCCAGAUGAACACUCCCUAGAGCAGGAAAAUGAGCGAGAAUAUGAGACGGACCAUGAAGGGAAAGCUAGCCCAGUUGGGAGUGACAGUAGCUCCAUUCCAGAUGACUUGGGCUCUGAACCAAAGCGGACUUUGCCUUUUAGGAAAGGGCCAAAUUUUACUAUGGAAAAAUUUUUAGAUCCAUCACGACCAUAUAAGUGUACAGUAUGUAAAGAGUCCUUCACACAAAAGAACAUUCUUUUGGUCCAUUAUAAUUCAGUAUCUCAUUUGCAUAAGCUUAAAAAAGUUUUACAGGAAGCAUCAAGCCCAGUUCCUCAAGAGACCAACAACAGCACUGACAAUAAACCAUACAAGUGCAGCAUUUGUAAUGUUGCCUACAGCCAAAGUUCUACAUUGGAAAUCCAUAUGAGAUCUGUCCUUCACCAAACUAAGGCAAGGGCUGCCAAGCUAGAACCUAAUAGUAACAAUACUAGUGGGAGUAAUAUACCAGGGAAUGUUAGCAGCCCAAACCAAGGGAUGCUAGAUUCUAUGAGUUUGCCAGCUGUUAACUGCAAAGAACCCCACCCAGAUGCCAAAGAAACAAACAAAAAGCAAGCUCCUGAAAUUAUUCCCACCCAACCUCCACAUCAUCCACCCCAGUCACCAGCACAGUUUCAAAUGCAACUGCAGCAUGAAUUGCAACAACAAGCUGCAUUCUUUCAACCACAUUUCUUAAACCCAGCAUUUCUUCCUCACUUUCCCAUGACUCCUGAAGCUCUUAUUCAGUUCCAACAACCUCAGUUUCUUUUUCCUUUUUACAUACCUGGCACAGAAUUUAGCCUAAAUCCUGAUUUGGGCCUACCUGCCUCUGCUGCAUUUGGUAUGCCUGGCAUGGCUGGAUCUCUUCUUGAAGAUUUAAAGCUGCAAAUUCAAACACAACAUCAACUCGGGCAGACUCAGAUGCAAAUGUUGCAACAGCAAGCCCAACAGCAAGCCCAGCAAUAUCAAAUACAGUCACAGCAUCAAUCACAGAAACACCAUCAUUCCAAUAGGAUACUUAAACAGGAACAAGGCAGCAUUGCAAAUGUUGAAAGUCAACUAACAAAAGAUUCAUUAACUUAUAAGGAUUCUGAAGAUGUGCAUGAAAAAAAGGAGAAACCAAAGCAUGAAAUUACAAGUGAUAAUGACACUCCCAAAGAUAAAGAUGUUAAGAAGCAGAAGCCAUCGGAUUCUACUAUUCUACCACCCCGAAUAGCGUCUGGUGCUAGGGGAAAUGCAGCAAAAGCUCUGCUUGAAAACUUUGGAUUUGAAUUGAUAAUUCAAUACAAUGAAAACCGGCAGAAAGUACAGAAGAAACAUAAACUUGGAGAUAAUGGAAAUCAUGAGAAAUUAGAGUGUGGGGAAUGUAGUAAGCUAUUUUCAAAUAUUCUGAUCCUAAAGAGUCAUCAAGAACAUGUUCAUGGACAGUUUUUCCCUUAUGGAGAAUUAGAAAAGUUUGCCCGUCAAUACAGAGAAGCAUAUGAUAAACUUUAUCCAAUUGCUCCAUCUUCUCCAGAAACUCCUCCACCCCCACCACCUCCUCCACCACCUCCUCCAUCUGCACCACCUGCACAACCUCCUCCAGCACUUACUCCUGUGGUACCGGUAAAAAUCCCAAGUUCGACACCAACUCCAUUGCAAGCUCCUGCUCCAACACCACCUCCUCCACCACCACCACCUCCUCCACCACCACCACCUCCAGCUCCACCUCAAGUUCAACUUCCAGUCUCUUUAGACCUUCCACUUUUCCCUCCAAUUAUGAUGCAAUCUGUCCAACAUCCUUCUUUACCACCACAACUUGCACUACAACUCUCUCCUAUGGAUGCAUUGUCAGCAGAUCUUGCACAGAUGUGUCAGCAACAGUUGGGUUUAGAUCCGAAUUUCCUGCGUCAUUCUCAGUUUAAACGUCCACGUACAAGAAUUACAGAUGACCAACUGAAAAUAUUACGUGCCUACUUUGAUAUUAACAAUUCCCCAAAUGAAGAUCAAAUACAGGAGAUGGCAGAUAAAUCAGGGCUUUCCUUGAAGGUCAUUAAACACUGGUUCCGUAAUACUUUAUUUAAGGAGCGGCAAAGAAAUAAAGAUUCACCAUACAAUUUCAGUAAUCCUCCUAUAACAGUCCUUGAUGAUAUAAGAAUUGAGCCACAACUACCUUCCAUAGAUAUUCACAGGUCAGACUCAUCUUUCAGCAAAAGGUCAUCAAGGACUAGGUUUACUGACUAUCAGCUUAGAGUCUUACAGGACUUUUUUGACACUAAUGCAUACCCAAAGGAUGAUGAGAUUGAACAACUUUCUACAGUACUCAAUUUAGGCACACGUGUUAUUGUUGUAUGGUUCCAAAAUGCCCGUCAGAAGGCAAGAAAAUGUUAUGAAAAUCAAGCUGAAACUAAAGACAGUGAAAAGAGAGAACUAACUAAUGAGCGUUACAUUCGUACUAGCAACAUGCAGUAUCAAUGUAAGAAAUGUAAUGUUGUGUUCCCUAGAAUAUUUGACUUAAUUACUCAUCAGAAAAAGCUUUGUUAUAAAGAUGAAGAUGAUGAUCUGCAAGAUGAAAGUCAAACAGAAGAUUCUUUGGAUGCUACAGAUCAAAUAAUGCCAAAGACAUACUAUUCUACUAGUCAGACUGAAACAUCUAAAGCUUCAACAGUAACCACAGUAAGCUCUGGAUCUGGCUCAAGCACCCCUUUAAUUCCAUCACCCAGACCAGAGUUUGGAAAAACUUCACCAAAACCUGACACACACCCUGAGAAACCAAAGCAAAUUGAUGCUAUUGCAAGCUCAUUAGCCUUUAAAUUAACACAGUCUAAUUCAACUUCAACAUCAUCUGAUACACAACCUUCAGUAACUGUUACACAACAAAGACAACAAAUUACAAGACCUUCAUCAGCAUCCCAAACCACUCCUGUUCCAUCUAGUCCAUUACAAAUAUCUCUGACUUCUCUGCAAAACAGCCUACCUCCUCAGUUGCUACAGUACCAAUGUGAUCAGUGCACAGUUGCUUUUCCAACACUAGAGUUGUGGCAGGAGCACCAACACAUGCAUUUUUUAGCUGCCCAAAACCAGUUUCUCCAUUCACAAUUCUUGGAAAGGCCAAUAGAUAUGCCAUACAUGAUUUUUGACCCUAACAACCCUCUGAUGGCAGGACAAUUACUUGGAGGUUCCAUGUCACACUUGCCACCACAACCGGGGGCACCACAUGGAGCCACACCAGUUUCUGCAUCUUUAAAAAGAAAGCUAGAUGACAAAGAUGAUAAUAACUGCAGCGAGAAGGAGGGGGGCAAUAGUGGUGAGGACCAACAUCGGGAUAAGCGAUUAAGGACUACAAUUACUCCUGAACAACUAGAAAUAUUGUAUGAGAAGUAUUUACUAGAUUCUAAUCCAACUAGAAAGAUGCUUGACCAUAUUGCAAGAGAAGUGGGCCUGAAAAAAAGAGUGGUACAAGUCUGGUUUCAAAAUACAAGAGCCAGAGAAAGAAAAGGUCAAUUUAGGGCUGUAGGACCUGCCCAGUCCCAUAAAAGGUGUCCAUUUUGCCGUGCUCUAUUUAAAGCAAAGUCAGCCUUAGAAAGUCACAUAAGAUCUCGGCACUGGAAUGAGGGUAAGCAAGCUGGUUAUAGUUUGCCACCAAGUCCUCUGAAUACAAUGGACGAUGGUGGUGAAAGUCCAAACAAAUAUAUGUUUUUUGAUUAUCCCCAAGUACAAAAAAAUGAUCAGCUAAGUGAAAAUGAUUUGCCCUCUACUGUUUCUACACCUGUUAGCAAAAAUGCUGAGCUGUCGCCGAAGAAUCUUUUAAGCCCAUUAUCUUUUAGGGCAGAAUGCAAUGAGGACUUAGAAAACUUGAAUGCCCCCCCUGCGGAAAGAUUUGAUCAAAGCAAAAAUGACUUUGAUGAAACAUCAUCAAUUAACACGGCAAUUAGUGAUGCUACAACAGGAGAUGAGGGAAACAAUGAUGGGGAAAGCACCACUGGUAGUACUAAAGAUGUAAAAACUUCCAAAGAGCCAAAAAUGCACAUAAAUGACAGUUUGCCAAAAACAGAAACUUCUCACAUGGCAGACAGCUGUGAUGAGAGUUUCUUCUUCUCUUUAACAAAUACAUCACAUAAUAACAUAGACAGAGAAAGUGAUCAAGACCAAAGCAUAUAUAUGACUGAUGAAUUUGAGGACAAUGCCGACCGUAGUGAAACAUCAAGUAUAGCAGACCCCAGCUCGCCAAAUUCAUUUGGUAGUAACAAUCCUUUUAAAACCAAAAAUAGUGAUCGACCAGGUCAUAAAAGAUUUAGAACUCAAAUGAGUAAUGUUCAACUUAAGGUUCUUAAAGCUUGCUUUUGUGAUUAUAGAACUCCAACAAUGCAAGAAUGUGAAAUUUUGGGCAAUGAGAUUGGUCUUCCCAAACGUGUUGUUCAAGUUUGGUUUCAAAAUGCACGGGCAAAAGAAAAGAAAUUCAAAAUAAACAUAGGGAAGCCAUUCAUGAUUAACCAAACUGGGCCAGAUGGAACAAAACUAGAGUGUUCUCUUUGUGGGGUGAAAUAUUCAGCACGACUGUCCAUUCGAGAUCACAUUUUUUCAAAGCAACAUAUUAACAAAGUGAGAGAAACUGUAGGAAGUCAGCUUGACCGUGAAAAGGAUUACUUGGCUCCUACAACUGUGCGGCAACUGAUGGCACAGCAUGAACUGGAUCGUAUCAAAAAGGCCACAGAUGUUUUGGGUUUAUCUGUUCAGCAGUCAAGUAUAAUGGAGAACAGUCCUCUUCAUGGUCUCAAUCUGCCAACGUCUUACCAAGGGCUACCUGGCCUUCCUCCAGUUCUUCUUCCUGGGAUGAACAGCCCAUCUCCAUUGCCUGGGUUUACACAGAGUUCAAAUGCUCUGACAUCUCCUGGUGCAGGCAUGCUUGGGUUCCCACCUUCAGCUACUCCAUCACCUGCUUUGUCUCUCAGCAGUGCCCCCACCAAACCGUUGCUGCAGACUCCUCCACCAACUCAUCCUCCUCCACUGCCACCACAACCAUCUCCAUCAUCCUCUUUGUCAGGACAGCAGACAGAACAACAAAACAAAGAUCUAGAUAAAAGCAAGCGACACAAAUUCAAACAUGUAAAAGAAGAAGUAAUAGAAACUACAAAGUCUGAAAUUAAACAGUCUAAAAAAGAGGAAAAAAUCUCAUCUGCUCUUUCUAUGCUGAGCAAAGCUGGAGAAAUGCCCAUGGACCCUGCUCAGCUGCAAGCACUUCAAAAUGCUGUUUCAAAUGAUCCAGCUUCAUUUAUAGGUGGGCAGUUCUUGCCAUAUUUUAUUCCUAGCUUUGCUUCAUACUUUACACCCCAGCUCCAUGGAACAGUGCAAGGUGGGUAUCUCCCUCCAAUCUGUGGGAUGGAGAACCUGUUUCCUUAUGGUCCAGCAGUGCCUCAAGCUAUUGCUGGAUUAUCUCCUGGUGCACUGUUACAGCAGUACCAACAGUAUCAGCAAAACCUUCAGGAUUCAUUGCAAAAACAACAAAAACAGCAGCAAGAACAAAAGCCACCAAAAGUAAACUCACCAAAUAUAGAAAGUGAACAGCAGCAAAAAGCAAACAAAGAGCCCGAAAAGAAAGAAGAAAAAUGUCCUGCCACGGAAAGCACAAAAGAAGAACCCCAGACACAUCCAAAAAAUGCAGACUUAUCAGACAAUAUCAUUGUUCCAUUUGUCAAGCAUGAGUUUAUGUGCAGAAAGUGCCAGAUGAUGUUUACUGAUGAAGAGGCAGCGGUAAACCAUCAAAAGUCCUUCUGUUACUUUGGUCAGGCUUUGUUCGACCCACAAGAAACAGUGCUUCGAGUUUCAGUCAACAAACAUCAGUGUCUUUCCUGUGAUGUGGCUAUCAGUGGAAGUGAAGCACUUAGCCAACACCUCCAGUCAAGCUUGCACAAAGAGAAAACAAUCAAACAAGCAAUGAGAAAUGCCAAAGAGCAUGUUAGAUUAUUACCUCACUCAGUCUGCUCCCCUAGUCCUAACACCACAUCUACCUCGCAGUCUGCAGCUUCUUCUAAUAACACCUAUCCUCAUCUUUCUCGCUUCUCCAUGAAGUCCUGGCCUAAUAUUCUUUUUCAAGCGUCUGCCAGGAAAGCUGCUUCUUCCCCUUCUUCUUCUCCCUCCCUCUCCUUGCCUUCAACGGUUACCUCAAGUUUGUGCAGCACCUCAGGGGUUCAAACCUCACUACCCACAGAAAGUUGUUCAGAUGAGUCUGACAGUGAGCUGAGCCAGAAGCUGGAAGACUUAGAUAACCCUCUGGAAGUCAAAGCUAAGCCUGCUUCUGGUCUAGAUGGAAAUUUCAAUAGCAUCAGAGUGGAUAUGUUCAGUGUGUAG